UUUCAAUAUUACGAUUACCGUCGUUCGGGGACAAACUUACAGGGGGGCGUCGAGAAGGCUUAUUCGUGGGGCUACCUGCUCCGGCGGACUAGUCCAUACAAAUCUGCCUGGUGACGAUCAGAGAAUCAUUUUAUCAUCAGCUUAGCCAAAUUCUAAAGCAUAUAACCGACGAACAACCGAAUUGCAAAAAUGGUGGUCUGUAGCUACCUGCACUACCUGCCCGAGCACUUCCUCGCGACGUGGGCGAUGUUUGGCCUUGCAGGUGCGGUGUUGGUCGCGCUGCUGUCGACCUCGGCCUUCCGGUUUCUGUACAUGAACCCGACGUUGACAAAGUGGCAGUACAAGUCGAGCGGCAAGUUUCCCAGCGCCCACUACGUCCGAGAGGAGAUCUACCAGACGUUCAAGGGGGUAUUUUUCGCGACAUUCUUUCCGGCCUUGUCGAUGCACUUGCGCAAGGAGAGCUACAUGAAGGGCUACUGCCCGGCGGACGUCACGGGGGAAGCGGACCAGGAGUAUUACUUCUCCGUUCUCCGCUACUGCUGGGAAUUCGUCCUGAUCGUCGGCAUCACGGACUUUUACGAGUUUUUCUACCACUGGUGCGGGCACAAGUUCGACCACGCCUGGAACAUACACAGGCAUCACCACAAGUACUGCAACCCGACGCCCUUCGCGGUGAUCGCCGACGAGCCGUUCGACAACUGCGUGCGCGCGUCGCCGCUGUUCUUCCUCCCGCUCUUUCUCACCCUGAACUUGAACACGCUGUUCCUCACCUUUACCCUCUUCUUCUACAGCUGGGGCAUCUACCUGCACUGCGGGUACGAGGCGGACUGGAUUUUUCCGUCGGACCACCCGUGGAUCAACACCUCGUUUCAGCACUACGUGCACCACGCUAAGGGGACGCGGUCGCGGCCCUACCACUGCGG